GGAAGAGGCCGUAGCGCAUCGUGCGAGGAUGAGAUAGAUCUCUGUUCGAGCGCAAGAUGCCGCCCGUCAAAGGUGCUGCGCUUGGCGGUAUGCGCAUGCCAGUCUCGCCCGGUCGCCUGGUCGAAAAUGGCACGAUCACAUCUACUUCCAUCGCUACCCAGUCUUUCUCAGACCUCGAUGGCGUUCAGGCGCCUGCUAUUGACGGCAUAGUGUCAUCAACUACCCUGACUCGGCCAAGCAAUCCAAAUGAUCCGGCGGCGGACUACCAGAUGCUGGAUAGACUGGGCACGGGUGCAUUCGGCGUUGUCUGGCGAGCAAUUCAUCUGCCUACGCAGACAGAAGUGGCCAUCAAACAGAUCGACUUGGAAUCCUCGGAUGACGAUAUUUCCGAGCUGCAAGAAGAGAUUGGGCACCUCACCGAAUGCGAUCCCGCCUUUGUCACGCGAUACUACGGCAGCUUCGUCAAAGGCUUCAAGCUCUGGAUCGUCAUGGAAUAUCUCGCCGGCGGCUCUUGCUUGGACGUACUGAAACCUACGCCUUUCUCGGAGUAUCAGAUCGCCGUCAUCUGUCGCGAACUCCUCAAAGGUCUGGCGUAUUUACACGCAAAGGGCAAGAUUCAUCGCGAUAUCAAAGCUGCGAAUGUAUUGCUAUCCAAUGCUGGCGAUGUCAAGCUUGCAGACUUUGGCGUUGCUGCCCAGCUGACGCAGAACAAGAGUAAGCGUAAUACGCUCGUCGGCACGCCUUUCUGGAUGGCGCCCGAAGUCAUCUUGCAAAACGACUAUGGCAGCAAAGCAGAUAUCUGGUCACUCGGUAUCACUUUGAUCGAGCUGGCUCUAGGUCGACCGCCCCUAUCAGAAUACAACCCGAUGGACGUCCUCUUUUUGAUCCCUAAAGCAAAGCCGCCCGAGCUUGAGGGAGACUAUUUCUCGAGCGCGUUCAAAGAGCUCGUCUCUGCUUGUCUAACCAAAAAUGCCGAUGCGAGACCUUCAGCGAGCGAUCUGCUCCAACAUAGAUUUGUACGUCUGGCCGGAAGGACAUCGUGUAUCGUGGAGAGCAUCGAACGACAUCGUCACUGGAAGCAGACAUCCACAAUCGCCAAGGCAAAGAUUGUGCCUGAUUACCGACCGGAUCCUACCUUGGUAGCAUCUCAAGGCGAUGCUUGGACAUUCGACACCGUCAGAACACAGGCUACCGUCAUGCUUCAGCCAAACGACGCACCUGUCGAGCUGUCUACUGCCACGCAAUUAGCUGCAACUGUAAGCAGACUUGCCGACGAGCCGCAGAGGAGUCAGACGACACUGCUAAAACAACCUGACGGAGGGCUGUCGAGGAAAGCUAGGCGGCCUCUUUCUAUGAUCGCCAAUCUGCCCAGUGAGGCUCGUGCAGACGAUGCAUCGCUCGGCGAAGGCACGGUCAAGCGGGGCGUGUCUGCAACAUUCGAGCCCGAGACGAUGGCAUCGUCUCGAUCGACGGUCAGAUCUCAUUCCCAAAACGGUCGAACAGCUCGUCAUCGUCACUCGGUUGAUAUGGGCUCGACAGUGCGUGCUCGCGAGCUACACUUGGCCAUGCAAGAUGUACAACAACAAGCGAAUCAGAGCAAUGACGGUCAAGAGACCGUGCGAACUUUGGCCCGAAACGUGCAAGAGGCCGACCUCAUGAUGUCAGAUCUGCUGCUGCCUACUCUCGAAGAGGCUCGCGGAAGCUCGCCAGAGGCUGAUGCUGCUCUGUCGAACAUCGCCAAGGCGCUCCAAGGACUGGCGAGCCAAGAUCCGCACCUUCUCUUGCGGCUUACCCGCGCAGUCACUUUGAAAAUCCAAAGGUGCGAUUUCAACGCGCAUCAAAGCAGUGUGCUGACAUCCAGCAAGCAGUCGAGCGGAUCUACAAGCCAUCUGCAUAGCACCACAAGAGGUCGUGAUUGAGGAGCGCGUGCCUGAACGUCGACCGCUGACGCAGAUGCUCUACGAUCGCUGGCUCAGAUCAAUCCUCGGCUAAUGCCGCCAUCGCACCGCACUGCUUGUUGUUAGACUAAUCUGCACAUCUUAAUCAAUUCCUGAACCUCC